GAACCCAGUACCCAUAGUUUCAAACGCCAAAGCGUUUAUGAUAUUAUACUAACCCUACCAAUUCUGUAGCAUUUUAUUACAAUUUAGCCUCUUUAUUUUAUUUUAUCAUUAGACAUUAUCGGUCAGCCGUCAUAUCCAGUGCCUCCUUUGUUAACGUGUCUUUGCAUGUAUUUUGUGGUUACCGCAUUUUCUCACCCCAAGGACACUUGUAUUCUGUUAACUAUAAAACAACACAAUAUCACCCAACUGUUCAUUCACACUUCAUCGCAUUUUCUGACUAAACACCCUAUACACAUUUAAUUGACUAUGCUAACUAAUGGACUAUCACCUCAACUUACACAUGCACCCCAAUACAGUUUCUGAUAUUAUUUUCAUUUGCCUUUACUGGCUAUAUGUACUCUAUUAAUCAUGGAAUUAUCAGAGCCUAAAGAAGAAGUUAUCGAAACCACAAUUGUUCGCUCAAAAUCUUGUUUCGAUUUCAAUGUGGGGAUGUUUCAUUUACUGAAAUAAAAGAGUGACCGCCAAUUAAGGUUGGUAAGUACAUAAUUCGUCAAAAAGAAAGAUAAACAACGAUCGUGAGACAGACAUGCAAUGAAUACCCCCUACAUUACACCAAUUCAAUGAGAAUGCAGUCAGUAUUUUUUCUUUUACAUUCACACUCAAAACAAAUCAAACAAGCAUCUCGACGUGAUGAGAUUUGGCAUUUCACUACUCGGAUAUUUUAUUAUAUUUCUAACAAUUCUACUGAAUAAUGUUAAUGGUCAGGAUGCAGAUCAAGUUAUCUUCAAUUUGAAAAAGUUUAUUCUGGAUAUAUGGUUAGCCCUAUGUACCCGACUAGGUGAAACAUGGGGCUGCUUAUUAGAUGCACUGUCAGUGCAACUUGGAGGAAAAGGGAGAACAUGUAUAAGUUUGUCACCGUGAAGUUAACAUCAAUCAACCUAAAAAGAAUUCAACAAAGCCAUUGAUUGAGAGAAUAAUUCGUGAAAAAUUCUUAAUUGACGAUAUCACUGAAAUAUGAAAUAAAAUGUCCUCCACUCAUGAAUGCAAAGUAUCUCGUAUUUCUAGUGCUUUGUAUUUGUUAAAUAAAUAUAAUACGCAUGUUUGAGAAGUCUUUACAUAUUUCAUCAAUAUUUGUAAUCGAUAUUUAUGUAAAUAAACAGGAAGUGUUAAC